CCGCCUCCCAAAGACCCGUCGAUCGGAGAUCUCUCCUUGCGUCGAUCCUGGUCCACAUUUUUCCUCCGUAGCCUGAAAUUCGUUCGAUUCGCGAGGCUACACCCCUAUUCCGGCAAACUCCUCACUUGUAGGUGGAACUGAAGGCCCAAGGGUAGCCAGCACUGUCCCAAUACGUGGUGGUUCUUUCAUGGUUGAAGGCCCAAUCUAGCGUCACCGCUGUUGCUCAUCCGUCGAUCUGGCUGGGUGUGAAUUGGCAUUUGGCGAACUGAAAAGGCGCAAUCUUUCCCACCCCGAGGGCUGUCACACCUGCAUCUCUGCGGGGUGAAUCUGUGAGGUCCUACAAAUUAUUUCCCAAGACCAUUCUCCGGCUCUGAUCUAGCUCAUCCAGCUUCAGUGAUUCACCAUGAGCACAACGACUGAAACCAAAGGCCAAUACAAGAGGGACCUCCCAAAUCGUGACAACACGACUGUUGACGAUGCGCCCGAGGAAUUCCCAGACGGAGGGCUACAAGCAUGGUCCGUGGUCUUCGGCUCAUGGUGUGGUUUUCUGCCCUGUUUCGGCCUCAUGAACACCACCGGUGUGUUUACGGACUGGCUUGCGACGCACCAAUUGAGCAAUUAUUCGCGCUCCGAUAUAUCCUGGAUUUUCAGCAUUUAUAUGUUCUUCCAGUGGUUUGGGGGUGUUCAGAUCGGUAUGCCCCUGCUGCUCACCUGCUGCCCCGGUCCCGAGGCCGUGGGCUUGGAAUCCUGCGAUAUAGAGUAGGGAUUGACAUUCAUGAUUCAUUUCCUUAGGACCGAUAUUCGAUCGCUAUGGUCCUAGGCACCUUAUGGCUGCAGGCACGAUCGGUCUCACGGGCGCUGUGAUGGCGUUUAGCGUUUCAACAGGUAGC